AUGACAGUGAUGAAUAUGAAAACAUGGAUUGAAAAUUAUUUUCAUCAAAUGCUUGAUGGAUUUGAUGAUCCUUUAUUAAAAAAUAUGAAGAUAAUAAACACAUCUAGCGGCAUGGUGAAGAGCGAAAUAACUGUUCAAUUAAAUCAUUUAAAUCAUAUAAAAACAGCACAUGGAGGAAUGCUUAUAACAUUAGUUGAUAUAUGUGGAUCUCUCAUAAUAGCUUCAAAAGAAUUGAAUUAUUCUUCUGGUAUUAGUACAAAUAUCAAUAUUUUAUUUACAAAUCCUGCAAAAGAGAGAGAUGUUUUAUUCAUAGAAGCAGAAUGUAUAAAAUUUGGCAAAGCUAUGAGAUUUGCUGAUAUAAAAAUAUAUAACAAAGAUAACAGAAAACUAAUAGCUCAAGGAAGAUCUAGGAAUCAUUUACUUAAACAGGAAAGAGAAAGUGUAGCAGAGAGAAAAGAAAAUUCUUAUACUCAGAAAAGAGAUAGCAAAAUCAAAGCAACCAACAAAUUAGAUCCUCCUGCUUCAUUAUUAAACAAAAGAAACAAAAAUAAGGAGAACAUAAAACCCAACUACAAAAUCUACAGUGAGGGGGCUUUGAAGAGCCAGCCAACUCAAGAGGAUACGGUUCAAUCCAUGCUACUGCAAAUUAUAGGCAGACUAGACAAGCUAGAAGAUGCAACAAUUAAACCUCUAGAAACAAAUGAGAGGUUCGAGAGUAAAGGUGAGGUUGUGUUCCUAGAGAAUGAAGGUAGAUGGGGACAUUGGGAAAGAAAGACAAAUACGAACAAUUUUAUAUGA